UCUUGAUUCCAUUCUUACAAACAACUAGCACAGUAGAACCAAUGGACAAAACUUUGAUAUUGAGUUGGAUUUUGCUCCUCUGCAUCCCCACGGCCGCAGUGUAUAGCCAAUACUACGCCGAGACCAUGCCAUGUGUUCCCAAGGAGAAGCAAGUUACCAAUCUCCACUUCUUUUUCCAUGGCACCAUCGGCGGCAACAACCCUACAGCGGUACCGGUGGCCCGUGCUAACAUCACGAGCACCAGCAACAGCAUAGUUGUCGACGAUGCACCCCUCACUGUUGGUCCUGAACCAACCUCAGAGGUCGUUGGGAAUGCUCAAGGACUCGAGGUAUUUGCCGGCCGAGAUACGACAACCGUGGUGGUGUACUUGGAUUUUGGGUUCACUAAGGGCCAGUUCGACGGUAGCUCUAUCAGCUUGUUUUCGAGGAACCCAGUGACACAGAAGGAGCGUGAGCUUGCAGUGGUCGGAGGGAGAGGAAAGUUCAGGAUGGCUAAAGGGUUUGCGCUGCUUAGAACUUACUCUCUGGGUAAGAUCACUUUCAUUGUUGAGUAUAAUGUGACUGUGAUUCAUUACUAGGAUGAUACUUGAGAGAUGAUUCUCUUCUAUGCUUGAAGCGAUUGGUUUUAGUUAAUAAUUUACUCCCAUCAUCAUAAAUCAUGAAUUUCCGCUGCUUUGUAAUGUUCAUUCAGUUGAAUUUUAUAAUUUAAUCACAGAGAGUUUCCCUAGCUUCCGAUUUAUUUCGGA